AUGGAAGUACCCGGGUUUAUAGACGAAGAGAUUCAUCUAGCCACAGAGCGUUGUGUGAAGUUGCAAGGCACGGCCAAAGUCCAGCUUGACGACAUUCAAUUCGAUCCGCCAUUGCCCCAAGGCCUUGAUGCAAAGAACUUGAAACGACUGGACCAAAUGUUUCGUAAAAAUGGUUGUCGCCGUCUCGUCGUGGAUAAUCAUAUUCCCGUGAUUGUAUCACGCCAGAGUCUUUCCACAUCGCUCCAGCGUGCUGGAGUUUCACCGCAAGCAUUGAGGACAAUGCAACCUGAUCAGUUCCCCCUGCUUUGCUUCUCCACUGGGCAGCUGAGAGGUCUACAUGGUCGACAUCGGGCGCAAGUCGGCCGUAAACUUCUUCCCCCGGUAGAUCGCUGGUGGACCGUGGAUCUUUAUUUAGACGAUAUUGACAGCCACCUCAAAACCAACCUCAUCGAGGAGUAUUCAGAUCAGCAAAAGGUCACUGAUGGGGAGAUAUAUCGGAAAAUUCGUCAGUAUGAAGCCGGGCAGAAUGAACUCUUUCGUGAACGAUGGCUGGCCCGCUUCUCGCGAAGCAGUCAGGAGCGCUUCGAGCAGAUAGACAAGAGAAAGAACCGCGGGCUUCGAUGUGGAUUUGAUAGUCUCUUGCCGAUCCCCGGGCUGUGGCGAGGCGGGAUGAGAGUCAGUAUGAUGCAUCGAGUAAUUGCAUCCAAUUGUACCAAGGAGAUUCUGACUUAUCUCAACCAUAUUAAACAUUUUUGGUCCACCAUAGUCGAUCACGACCCCCUCUCUAUGAAUAAGAUCGAUGAAGAUACUGUCCAACAGUUACAACUGAAGGCCCCCCGUCUCUCUCGCAUCGAUCGAGAAAAUAUUCACACCUUAAUCCGGGGAGGGAAAAUUUUUAUCAGCUUUAGUGAUAUGGAAAGGGAGAUGAUUUGGUCCCGGAUGGAGCAUUUCGAUGGACUAAUCCCGUCUCUGUAUACAUUCUUUGAGGACUUCAAAUAUCUCGAGGACUGUGCUUCUUGCGUCAAACGACUAUUGCCAGACUGCACUGAUUCUGUCUGGCGGACCAUGAGUGAGAUGUUUGUCGCAUCUCCUGAGGCGGAACAAGAAGUUCUCAUCCAGACAUCAGAGUCUAUGUUUCGGACCAUUCGCGCCCCUGGCAGGGACUGUUUGGAUUUGGCAUAUCGACAGGUAUGGCUCUAUGCCAUGCGGUAUUACCCUUUGAUGCCACCGGAGCCAAAACACAAAGAAGACCUUCUCGCGAAUCAGACCCAGACGAAGCCCGACGAGUCUACCAUCCACGAGAUGGCAGAAUUAGCCGAACGUCUAGGAUUUCAGUCUGAUGAGAUUACCAAGAUCUUGAGCUCUUCUCCCGACCUACAGAUCGCGAUGGCUUGUUUACUACAGGCGCGGAAGAAACGCCGCUUUCGAUACCAUCCUCAUCAGAUCAACGACCUCGUCAACCAGAUCGUAAGAUGUUUCUCCGCCGCAGUUCCCAUCGAAGCUGGUCUCCCUAGUCCCCGUGAACUACUCGUUGAUAGUGUUAUGAAGCCUCGUGCUCGCUGUGGUCGGCCUACCAUGGGAGCCCAUCAGCAGGAUAGCCAGUACCUUUUCAUCGACGUGCUCCAUUCCGACGAUGUCCUGGUUGGUGACACUAUCACGACGUUCGACGUUCGACGUUGUGUUUACUUUGCAUUUUUUGGAAAUCCCUCUAUUCGAUCUGGUAGAGAUGGAGUUGGGCCCUCGACGGACGCACAUCCCACCAGGCCCAUGUCUCCCCUGUUUGUACCAAGUAGCCAACCCCCCAAUCAUUCCACGAUGUCCGUUGAUAGUCUCGCGGGCGGGGAAGGACGGGAUCGCGAUCUACAAGGAGGAGGAAUAGGAUCUCAACCAAUCGGAAUUGAAAAUCGUGAUGCAGUCUCUCCAGGGGAAGAGUUACCUGACGGAGGACGUGGUUCUAACGCCGAGGAAGACCGAGCCACCCCUCGACCACUCGUAGAAUAUUCCGAAGAGCUCCUGGGGCAUAAUGUACGACAUGGUUUCGAGGCGGAAAGAUUCGACUCUGAGUCGGUGUACUCAGAACACGGGUCUGGAGCAGGCCGCGGUGGUCUUGGAGACAUGGUCCGGCGGGAAUUGCAUCGGAGCCGCGAAGAAAGUCCGCAGCUCAUGUCACCAGAGGCACCUAGCCAUCAUUCCCAAAGCAAUCUGAUGGGUCUUGCUCAGGGACCUGAUCCGCAGAUCGAAGGUGGACCGGAGUCCCAAGUUGACGAGCAAGCAUACCGGGAUCAGCUGGAGGCCGCCGGUCUGGAGCAGGUGAGAAUAGAAGAACCACUGGAAGAGGAACAUCAGCCGGUACCAUCGCCGGCGGUCACGAUAACCUUCUGGUCACUUGAGCGUGACCAGUGGAGAGAGGCCGGCCGCUAUACUGUCAACCCGUCUGAUCCUUCCCUAGUCGAGCGGGCUGCGACAAAAUAUACGUGGAAGGACUUUUGGUUACACGACCGAAAUUUGCAAGACGUCACAGUUGCUCGGUGUUUCCGCUCCGCAGUCGAUGAUGGCAGUUAUUCUAUCUUUUUACUGUCUGGUCAUGAAAGACAAAAGUUGACAGCAGAGGAAAAUUUCCAUCGAAGCCGGGAGCUGAUCUCCUUAGCCCAGCGAGUGUUGGAUUCCACCGAUGCAGAACAGACGGUAGCAGCCGUACCGGACGGAAACGGGAGCUUCGGCGGCGGGGAAUGGCGAGAAGAAAGCUCUAGGCAGGGUGUUGACGCAACCGACCGCGACAUGGAGAAUCUCCUUGACGAAAUGCUUCAGAAUGAUGCGGAACUGAGGGCCGCCGGUGACCAUGACGCGCAGGAUCUGACGUUGUGGGAGGCUCAGCACAUUCCUUCUCCCGCCGAAAUCCAGUCGGAGGACGAAGCCAAUGUGGACAGGGAACGAGAUGUCGCACUGGAACGGCUACAAGGCGGCCCCUCGCAGUCUGAAACGCUGAUGAUUCCUUCAGAUUCCCCGCAAGGGUACGCCCAGCUUAAUCCACAGGAGUGGGGUGGUGCGGAUUCAAGUGAUGCUCCCAGCCGCGUGGAAGGUAUUCCAUCCGUCCCAAGACCUAUGGAGACUAAGACUGGCAAGAAAGGACCGUCCAAGAAGCUGGGGGUGACAAAGUCUCCCAUGAAGGGUCGACCUACAAUUCAACAGACACAGAAGGAGGCGUCUCGUGUUGCGGCGGUUGCUGACGAGUUGGGACUGGACCUUGAUGGACCUCCGUCUGCUUUCACUCCCGCGAUAGAGCCCUCUACGGUAGAACCUCGUCCGCCAUAUCCGGAGGGAAGUAAUCCUGGGGCGCAAUUGGGGAACUCUGCUCCAGAUCCACAGGCACUGGCGAUACCUGGCGGCCAUCAGAGAGCUAAUGUCGUGACUGGUUUUGACUUUGCAAAUCAGAUAGCGCAACAAGGGGUAGCGCAGCAGCAGGUAGAAGAACAAUGGGUAGAACAGCAGCACGAGGGGCCUCCCAAUCCCACGAAUAUGACGCCCAUUGGGAUCAAAUUCUACCAUUAUGAUGGUAAGGGCUGGGAAAAAAAGGAUGUUCUGCCAGUGAAUCCAUCGAACACAAUGCCACUGGAGAAGAUCGUUCAGGGUUUCAAGAAGAGAAAAUUUGUUGUAGUGAACAUGAAGAAGGAACCGAUAGAUAAGGCGAACUGCUUCUAUGGAGCGACUAUAGAAGGAUCGAAUGCAUUAUUUGUGAUUCCAAAGUCGAUGCAGAACCAGAUCAAGGCAAUGGAUCUCCCACAGGUUUGGCGGCGAGCCUCUAGGGGUCGGCUCUUGAGAAAUUCGUAA